UGGUCCUGAUGAACACCAAUGCAUUUCAGGGAUCAUGCUGGAGGGAAUGAUAAAAUAAAGCAGCUUGUUCCUGGAAUAAAAAUUUAUGGUGGAUCAGUUGAUAAUGUGAGCGGUUGUACAGAUAAAGUUGAAAAUGGUGACAGGGUAUCCCUUGGUGCUGAAAUCAGCAUAUUAUCUCUUCACACACCAGCCCACACAAAAGGUCAUAUAAGCUACUAUGUAACCGACAAAGAGGGAGAGGAUCCUGCUGUUUUUACUGGGGAUACAUUGUUUAUUGCUGGUUGCGGCAAGUUUUUUGAAGGCACUGCAGAACAAAUGUAUCAAUCACUGUGUGUGACACUAGGUUCUUUGCCAAAGCCAACUCGGGUAUAUUGUGGUCAUGAGUACACGGUAAAAAAUUUGCAGUUUGCAUUAACAGUUGAACCUGGCAAUGCCAAAAUUGCACAAAAGUUGGCAUGGGCUGAGCAUCAGAGAAGAGUAGGCCAUCCAACUAUUCCAUCAACCAUUCAGGAAGAAUUUGAGAGUAACCCAUUCAUGCGGGUUGAUCUUCCAGAGGUUCAGGAGAAAGUGGGGUGCAAGUCUCCUGUUGAAGCCUUGCGUGAAAUCAGGCUGCGAAAGGAUAAUUGGAAGGGCUGAACGAUAUCAUGAGUCCAAGUAUAAUGUAAUUAAUGGUUCAUGUUUGUGCAUCUAAUAAGGUGGAACUGUCAACCGACAAGUUAAAUUAAACGUGUUGGAAGUGUGCAUUUUCAAUGUUUUGUCUUCAGCAUCAUAAUUCUGACAUUUACUUGGAAUUUCAGCAGGAAAAAAAAAGAGAUUUAAUUGGAAUGUAUCUGUGUAUUGAGAGCA